GCCCUGUUACGGUACCUCGGUUACCUCUUUAGAGGUAAGAGCCCAAUUUAAUCUGGACCGUUCGGUUUUAGAGAGAGAAAAUACUGAAACGAUUAAAAAAAACAUAAACCGGCUACUCCCGGUUACCGAUUCUCACUCCUUCGAUCUUUUCGUUCCCUGCGGCCUCCCGAUCUCCCGAGCUCCCACUUCCUCCGAUCCGCGCCUGAAAUCACGGGACGGGAGUUCGAUAUGAAUCGGAAACGAGGACUCUCCUUCGACUGCCGCCUCCCGAUUUCCCCGAUCUCCCCGAUCCGUUCCUCAAAUCACGGCAGGGGAGAUCCAAACAGAUUCGGUGGCCUCCUGCGACGCAAGCCUCUUCGUCGUUUCCUUCUCCGUCGACGCGUCGUCCAGCCCCCACGCGUUCCCCGGGCUCGUUACCGCCUCGGCGGCGGCAUCCUCCCGCAGCCCAGGGACGAGACGCUGCGGCACGGCGGCGGGGAGACACGGAUCGUGACCGUGCUGCAGGGGGCGGCGCACCGGCAAUCACGUUGGUGAGGUCUCGCCGCAUUGAGGAGGUCAUCGUCAACGAGGUGGGACGGUGGCUGGUUGCCGAGCGUCAAGCUGCAGGGUGAAGCCGUGAAUUGCGCUGGGGCAGUUUUUGAGGUCCGCCGCCGGUCAUCUUGUUCGGAGCAACGCUUCUGGAAAAGGCAUUGUGCUCUGUAGAAGAUGCAUUCCACAAAUUGAGGUGGAAAGAUCGUGCACAACAGAGUUGGUGAACUGUGGGCCUGUGCUGGUGAAAGAUGGCCCCAACCGUUUGUAUGCCCGGGAAAUUUGCUGCACUAUGCAGCAAGUUGAAUGAGGAACAGAAGGGUGUUGUCAAAGUAAUAGGAUUUCAAAGCUUGCUUAGUAUACCUGCGAUGCCUAUUCAACGUAUUCUCCUUGAGGACCUUGCUGAAAAGUACAAUGAAGUAGAUAGGAGCUUUAGAAUACACGACCAUGUGGUUCCUAUUUCUACGUGGGAUGUGUAUUGCAUCUUAGGUCUAGUUGACGUAGGAGAUAAGAUUGAAAUUAGUACAAAGAAAGCCGAUCCUAGAUGGUUUAAUUUGUGUAAAGGGAGAGAUGAUAUAGCAAUCACUUUCAAACACUUGGAAGAACGAAUAGGGAGCGGCACAGCUGAUGACCACUUUGCUAGAAUGUUUGUGCUGUAUACGAUAGGUACAGUUUUGGCCCCUAGUUCAAAGGAAUAUGUGAGCAGCAGGUAUGUAGAUCUUGUAGCAGAUAUUUCAAAAAUCAAAGGCUACAAUUGGGCGCAGUUCACAUUAGAGUAUUUGAUUGAUCACUUGGCACUAUUCAAGAAGAGCAAAAGAACAGGUCUUGUUGGAAAUUUGGCGUUUCUGCAGGUUUGGUUCUUUGAACAUUUUCAAGCGGUUGGUGAUUGCUUUGAUUAUGCACUCCAUGAGCAUCCUCUGAUUAAAAAUUGGGGUGGAAACAAGGUUGUGAAGCGGGCACAUCUUGAAGGGAUAAAGAAAUUUGGUGCUGAAAAGGUAGUUAUUAGGUUGGAACAAGACAAACCUUAA